AUGGCAUCCCAACCCUCCACUUAUACCUACAGCGGCUCCUGCCACUGCCGCUCCGUUAAUUUUACGUUCAAAUUUCCCAUGCCAUUAACCUCUACGCUCGUCACAAACUGCAAUUGCACUCUCUGCACCAAAAACGGGACGUUGAAUAUCUGUCGCCUCAAAAAAGACAUAAGCAUCCAAGGGGAAGAGAAGCUGGCUAGUUAUGUGAGGAGUGAUACGGGGUGUGUGCAUUUGUUCUGUUCCGGGUGCGGGAGCAGUAUGUUUACGACUAGGGAUGGGGAUCUGGAGAUGUAUAUGAAUGUUAGGAUGGUUGAUGAUGUUGAUCUUGAGGCGCUGAGGUAUAGGAAGCAUGAUGGGAGGAGUGUUCAAUUUUGGAUGAACGUCGAGGGACGGGGGUAG